AUCCGCUACACCGGCUGCUCCAUGAACCCCGCGCGAUCCUUCGCCCCCGCCGUCAUCGUGGGCGACUUCAGCGACCACUGGGUGUUCUGGGUGGGCCCGCUGCUGGGCGCGGCCGUGGCCUCUCUGCUCUACAACCUGGUGCUGUCCCCGCAGCCCCGGACGCUGCAGGAGCGCUUGGCCAUCCUGCGUGGCCGCGGCCCCGACCACGAGUGGGCCGAGCGCGAGGCCCGGCGGCGGCAGUCGGUGGAGCUGCACUCGCCCCACUCCCUGCCCAGGGGGAUGUCCGAGAAAGUGUAA